AUUUCAGGCUGGACCGGUGUAGCUACUUGGAGAUGGGUGGCCAAUGAUGAUACCUGCGGUAUUUGCCGUUUAUCGUUCGACGGAUGUUGUCCCGAUUGCAAACUUCCCGGAGAUGACUGUCCUUUAGUUUGGGGUCAAUGCUCUCAUUGUUUCCAUAUUCAUUGCAUCAUGAAGUGGCUGAAUUCUCAACAGGUGCAUCAUCAAUGUCCUAUGUGCAGACAGGAAUGGAAGUUCAAGGAAUAAUUUGUUCAUACUCUGGUGUUUCUUAAAAUAUUAAAGGUGAAUUUGAAAUCUAUUUUUUUAUAUUUUUAUGCUUGUACUCAUAUCAAUCUUACUAAAUGCAUGAGUUUCUUCUGAUUUUUUAAAUUCAAAUGUAGAUUUCAGAAAUUAUAAAACACAACAUAC